GCAAGCUGACACAGGGGCCCUGCGGGAUAACCCGCGGGAGAAGAGGGAUCAGCUGGACCAGAAUUUAGACCACAAGUGGAAGGCAUCUGUGAGACCUUUGCAUGCACAAGAGCCUACAGUUCUGCCUCACGAGAGACGGGGGAGGUCUGGGACGUUGCCUAGUGAUUACCGAUACUCUCAGGAAAACGUGAACGGGAAGAGCAAGCGUUGUAGCCCGCCUCAUCUCCCCUGCUCUGAGCCACAGACCUUGAACGAGAACCACUCCUGUCUGUCCCAGGGCAAAGGAGAGGAAAACCAUAGGGUAGAGCCGGUGCUGCUGAAUAAGAAGCGUGGACCUGCUCCUCAGAGGCCGCCGCCACCGAAAAGAGAUAAAUACAGGCGACCAGAUAAUUCCGCACCAUCGCUUGGCACCUCUUCUGAAUCCCUGCUGGCAGUGCCCAGCCGACCUUUUCCGUCCUCGUCCCCCAGCUCUGCCGAAGUAUUUGCCAGUCAAUCCUCUCUCUGUCAGAGUCCUGCAGCUUUCAAUGGAAAACUGAAGAGUGCUAAUCCACAGCAGCUCCAGCAAGCGUCAUCCACGGAGAAUGUUUGUCAGCACUUAGAAGAAAAAACGCACCUUAGGUCUGAGUCUGUAUUGUCUUCGAAGUAUCGGUAUCUUCACAAACCUGGCAUGGAGACAUCAAGGUCCCCUUCUCCUCAGUUUGCACCACAGAAGCUUACUGAUAAACCUCCUGUGUCCGUACAGGAUGAGAACCCAGCCAGAAUUGAAAGGGUUAUAGACAACAAUACUACGGUGAAAAUGGUUCCCAUCAAGAUAGUUCAUUCUGAGAGCAGCGCAGAGAAGGAGAGUCGCCAAAGUCUCGUCAGUACCAUGGAGCCUCCUGCUUUACCCAGUGGUUUGGAAAAGGACCAAAUUAAAACACUCAGCACUUCUGAGCAAUCCUAUUCACGAUUCUGUGCUUACACCAGGCAAGGUGUAGAGCCAGAGCCAGAAGCCAGAACUAAACCAGCUGACCCUCAACCAGCUGAAGAACCUGGGAGCAACUUGAAGGAUAACAGUGCUGUCACACCAGCAGUCAGCUAUGUAAAGGCCAAAGAGAAGACCUUUGAAGACUGGAAGUCAGAGGAACUAGCCAGAGAGAUUGUGGGAAGAGAUAAAUCUCUAGCAGACAUACUAGAUCCUAAUGUGAAAAUAAAAACAACAAUGGAUCUGAUGGUUGGAAUAUUCCCUAAAGACGAACACCUCUUAGAAGAAGCUCAGCAGCGCAGGAAGCUGCUGCCAAAAGUUCCUUCUCCAAAAAUUUCAGAGGAGAAGAAAGAGGAGCAGAGCACACCGUCUGCCAUCUCCCUGACAACCAAUUCUACUUACUACAGCACAUCUGCACCAAAGGCAGAGCUGCUGAUUAAAAUGAAGGACAUGCAGGAGCAGCAGCAACAGCAGCAGAGCGAGGAUGAUUCUGAAGACGAGCUGGAUCAUGACUUGUCAGAAAAGAAGCAAGAACUUAUUGACAGCAUUAGUAGGAAGCUGCAGGUGCUGAGGGAAGCACGGGAGACACUUCUGGAAGACAUCCAAGCAAACAAUAUACUAGGGGAGGAGGUAGAGGCCAUUGUGAAAGAAGUCUGCAAACCAAAUGAGUUCGACAAAUUCAAGAUGUUUAUCGGCGACCUUGACAAAGUGGUCAAUCUCCUGUUGUCACUAUCGGGUCGUCUGGCCCGGGUGGAAAAUGCCCUUAAUAACCUGGAUGAAAAUACCUCUCCGGAAGAACGGCGGACGUUGGUAGAGAAGCAGAAGCUGCUGACCCAGCAACAUGAAGAUGCAAAAGAACUGAAGGAAAACCUGGACCGUCGAGAGCGCAUUGUCUUCGACAUUUUGGCAAAUUACUUGAGUGAGGAGAACUUAGCAGACUAUGAGCACUUUGUAAAAAUGAAGUCAGCCCUCAUCAUUGAGCAGCGAGAGCUUGAGGACAAGAUCAAGCUGGGGGAAGAGCAACUGAAGUGUCUGACCGAUAGCCUCCAACCUGAACGGCUCAAAUAAGAGGACUGGGUUCAACCAAGGAUGUGAAAAACAGGAAAGAAGGAAGGGAUGGGGAGUUUCCAAGUAUACAAAUGAGUAUCUUGGCUUGUCUGAGUGUCCAGUAGAGAAACAAGUGCACAAGAGAAAAAUAGCUCUCACAACAGCAAUAAUGCUCUCUUUCAUUUUUUUUGCGAUGAUGUAUUUAAUUUUUUAGAACACAUUUUUACUGCUGGACUCUACAGCUGUUUCUCAUUGCUUAACUUACAGACAGCUCCACAGAAAAGGAUAGACUCUUAACCUUUCUGCUCAGUAAGUUGAAAGUCUGUGGCGGUUGUGCAUGCAAACAACAAUGUUUUUUAGAAUAGGUUGUAUACUUCCUUUAUGUUCAGAUGCUGUACAGACUGCUGGGAAACCCAACAGCAAUUUAUGAAUGCACACAAAUUUAGAAGCUCUAAAUUUAGUGGCUUUUUAUUUUUUUUAAAGACACAUUAAAUAGGGGAAGCAUGCAUCUUACAGCUAAUAUAUUCAGAUUGCUGAAAUGUAGUGUCACUCUGAUCCUGUGGCAUCAGACACUUUUUUGUAAUAUUGUAUAUAGGA